UCUUAAACACCUCCCACUCACCCCCCAUUCGAACUGAAAGGGAUAAGAAAGAAGGGAGAGCCUCACACUCAAAAGGGAAAGAGAUAAGGGAGCUGGUCGCAGGGUUAAUCUCCAGUUCGUGGAGCUCACUGUUUGGUUCGUAUCUUGAGAAAUACUCAUUCAAAAGGGGUGUGUGAGGUGUCCACUGAAAGAUCUCAAGAAGAGGGAUUUAUAGACGUGCGGUUUGAAGGAAACGUAGCAGUUUAAGGCCUCCAAAUCGUUCGAACAAAACACAACCUCGCAGAAUACGUUUUUGUAUUCAAAGUUAGGGAACGAAUUCGCCGGAAAGACACCCGUUCUAGGGGCUGUUUCCGUAUCGACAUUUAGGGGUUGAGCUAGCACCUUGAGGAGGUUGUUUAACACUCAUAUUUAAGCAAGGAAUCAGUUCUUAAUCCACCUUGACCAAAGCUUUGACCGUUGGAUCAAGAAGGAAGAGUUUAAAGCUCAAUUAAGGUUGAGGCUCGAGCUUGCUACCUGUGCCCGUUGCUCGGGUGAUCCUUUGGAGAGAAGACGUGGUUCGUGCCUUCUCCAUUCUGUUUUGAACAAUAUUAAGCAUGCUCAUGGAUAUUUUACUAAAGAGCCUGCGUGCUCAUGAAUAGCCCUGUGUGGCCCUUUUGUUUUAAACAAUGUUUUCCGCUGCGUUAUGAAUUACUUAUUAUGUUUGUUUAUGGAUGUUAUGUGUGUGAAUGAUAUUCAAGACGCCUUGUAUAAUAUGAAUGUGUUGGACUGCGGUUGACUAUCCGUAUUGUACGGCGGGUUGUUGACGUGUCCGGGGAGGUCCGGGGCGUGACAUUUACUACCUCUUACUACUUCCUUUGGUUUGAGUGUCCGUCAGUUAGAUGUCAAAAAUGCUUUUGUUACAUGGCUAUCUCACUGAAGAAGUCUAUAUGCGUCAGCCACAAGAUUUUGUUCAUCCCUCUUUUGCACAUCAUAUUUGUCGGCUACGUAAGGCAUUGUAUGGUCUUAAACAAGCUCCGAGAGCUUGGUUUCACGGGUUUAGUGGUUUCUUACUCAGUCAUGGUUUUACACAGAGUAAGUCUGACUCCUCUAUGUUUGUGUAUCGUCAUAAUUCUUGCUCUAUUUAUAUUCUUUUAUAUGUUGAUGAUAUACUUAUUACAGGAAAUUCCUCAUCCACAGUCUCUUCAUUUAUCUCUACUCUGUCUCACACUUUUGCUAUGAAAGACUUGGGUGAGAUUCAUUAUUUUCUGGGUAUUCAGACGCUUCACACUUCUAAGGGGAUGUUUUUGUCACAACAAAAAUACAUCUCCGAUCUCUUGCGUCAUUUUCAUCUUCAUACUGUUAAACUUGUCUGUGCCCCUCUUCCGUCUCGUACCACUCUCUCCCUGACUGAUGGAGAACUUUUGGCCGAUGGUACUGAAUACUGCAGCAUGGUAGGUGCCUUACAAUAUCUGACCAUUACUAGACCGAACAUUACUUAUGCUGUACAUUUAGUUUCCCAGUUUAUGCAUGCUCCGCGUAAUACUCACCUAUUUGCUGUGAAGCGUAUCUACAGAUAUUUACAGGGUACUAUUUCUGACGGUCUGUGGUUGAGGAAAGGGGGUGAUACGUCUCUUAUUGUUGCAUACUCAGAUGCAGACUGGGCAGGAUGCCCCGAUAGCUGCGGCUCUACUACAGGUUAUGCUAUUUUUUUGGGAGAUAAUCUGAUUUCCUGGCGGUCAAAGAAACAACCCACUGUCUCUAAAUCUUCUACGGAGGCUGAGUACAGGGCUGUUGCUUAUACCGUUCAGGAUACACUAUUUAUUCGAUCUCUUCUUACCGAUAUGGGCUUCUUCUUACCCAAACCAGUUCAGCUCUAUUGUGAUAACGUCUCAGCAUCGUAUUUAGCAGUGAAUCCGAUACAGCAUGAUCGAAGCAAACACAUUAAAAUUGAUUAUUAUUUUGUCAGGGAACAGGUAGCUCAUGGUGAUCUUAUUGUAAAAUAUAUUCCUACACAGUUUCAGUUAGCUGAUAUAUUUACGAAAAACUUGUCUAGUCAGCGUUUUGAAUUUUUGAAAUCCAAUUUGCGCGUCAUGUCUUCCGCACAGAUUGAGGGAGUGUAAUAGCCAAGUGUAUUCUAGGAUAUUCUUGUACUUUCCAUAUUAUCUUUAUAUUAUAAAUAUACCAUGAG